UAUAUAUAGAGGCAGACUUGGAAAUUAUUUUAGAAUUUUUUAAGUGUGACAACAUUGAGAGAGAGAGAGAGAGAGACUCCAUGUUUACAAAAGAUUUGUUUUCAUUGUGGAAAAAGAAGAUGAACUUGGAGAAUGUUGUGGACGUGUCUUCUUUCUUGCUCUUUGAAGCAACAGGAGAUUCUGAAGGUGACUGUAAUACCAUAAAGGGUGGUGGUGAUGAUAAAAUUGGCCAAGACAUUGCUAUGGCUGAUGAUGAUGAUGCGGAGUCAUGUAUCUUUGAUUUAUCUGAUUUUCCUAGAGUGAGUGAGGUUGAUGAUUCUGAUAUUCAACCAUGUGUUCUUGAUGAUGAUGACGGUGACGAUGAUGAUGAUGAAGAGGAUGAAGAUGAAGAUGAAGAUGAAGAUGAGGUCCUUAGUUAUAGAAAAUCUACUGGUAAACAAGAUUGGAAGCUAAUGGGCCAUCAAAAAUCAAGUGUUUCUGUUGAUACAAGUAAGGAUUCGAUGAAUGAGGCAGAGAGGAGCAGACUAUUUUGGGAGACAUGCUUGGCAUCCUAAAAAAGUUCCUUUUUUUUUUUUUUUCUUAGCUCUUUUCUAUGUUUGUUUCAUAGAAUUCUCUUUUGGAUUUCUCUUCUUUUUGAGUGGCUUUCGAAAGAGAGAGGAUGAGAGGGUAGUGGUUUUGUUCAUUAGAUUAGGUUCAAACAACUGUACAUAUGUGCUAAUAGUAAUAGACAAGAUAACAUUUAACUCUUCAUACAAGGCAUGUUUGCCAUCAAUAUUCUUCUUUAUGCAUUACUGAAACCUUGCUAUGGUGAUUUUGUUAAUAGCCCAAUUCCA